GGGGAAACCGGAUCCUCCCAGACCAGACUAAAGGGGGGCUAAAGGGGGGCCGUCCUCUGAUCCAGCACACCUGAGACCAGUUCUGGUUCUGGUUUAGGUCUGGUUCUGGUUCUGGGGGUUUUAGACCAGAUCCUGCUCCACCUGCAGCCUGCGCAGUGCGGAGGUGGAGUCUCCUCCGCGGUGGUGAUCCCGCGCAGCCGCAGUAGCGAUGGGAGACCACGUGUCCAAGCGGCUGCGAGUGUCUGAUUCCGACAUGGAGGAGCGGAGUUUCCCGAACCCGUUCCCGGACUGGAAGCAGGACCAGGGCCCCCCGGGGAACCCGGACCAGGACCCGGACCAGGACCCGGACCAGGAACCGGACUACAGCCGGACCUUCGGCCGGGACGGGAAGAUCAGUCCCGGGUUCCAGAAAAAGGUCCAGUCCAAGAUCCAGGACCUGCUGCAGCAGAUGGAGGAGGGGCUUAAGACGGCCGACCCGCACGACAGCUCCGCCUACACGGGCUGGACAGGUAUCGCCCUGCUGUACCUGCAGCUCCACCGGGUCUCGGGAGACCCCCCUCACCUGAACCGGGCCCUGGACCACGUGAAGCGGGCCCUGCGGACCCUGAACCGGACCCCGGACCGGACCCUGAACCGGAGGAAAGUCUCCUUCCUCUGCGGGGACGCCGGGCCGCUGGCGGUGGGGGCCGUAGUCCAGCACCGGCUGGGGAACCAGGACCAGAGCCGGGACCUGCUGGACCGGCUCCUGCAGCUCCGGGUCCUGGUCCUGGACCAGGACUCUGACGUCCCUGAUGAAAUCCUCUACGGGAGAUCCGGGUACUUGUUCUCUCUGCUGUUCGUCCUGAAGGAGGUCGGACCCGGAUCCGUGGACCAGGACACGGUGGACCAGGUGGUCUCGGCCAUCGUGGCGUCGGGUCAGAACUUGUCGUUGGAGCAGAAGAAGUCGGACCGUUGUCCUCUGACCUACGAGUGGCACAACAAGCAGUACCUGGGAGUCGCUCACGGCCUGGCCGGGAUCCUGUACAUGCUGCUGCAGCCCGGGUCCCGGCUCCCCCAGGACCUCCUCACCGAGCUGGUCCGGCCCAGUCUGGACUACAUCCGUCACAAGAGGUUCCGGUCCGGGAACUUCCCGUCGUCGUUGAGCAACGAGAGCGACCGGCUGGUUCACUGGUGCCACGGAGCCGGGGGGGUUCUGCACCUGCUGGUCCUGGGGAGCCAGGUGUUCCAGGAGGACAAGUACCUGAAGGAGGCGGUGGAAAGCGCCGACGUGGUGUGGCAGCGCGGUUUGCUCCGGAAGGGCUACGGCAUCUGCCACGGCGCCGCCGGCAACGGCUACGCCUUCCUGACGCUGUACAAGCUAACGCGGGACCCCAAGCACCUGUACCGCGCCUGCAAGUUUGCUGAGUGGUGUCUGGACUACGGAACCCACGGCUGCCGGAUCCCGGACCGACCGUACUCUCUGUUUGAAGGAAUGGCUGGAACCAUCCACUACCUGUCAGAACUCACCGACCCGGAAUCCUCCAGAUUCCCAGCGUUUGAACUCUGAUGGAUCCGGAACAACCGGGAGAACCGGACCUGGUUCUGGUUCUGGUUCUGGACCUGGUUCUGGACCUGGACCUGGACCUGGACCGGACCCGGGUCGGUGCCGGAGGGACAGAGGGGGGGGUUCCUGGAGCAGACGAAGCCCCUUCUAGACAGACAAUCCUGGAGACCUGCUGGUUCUGGUUCUGGACCUGGUGGACCCCCUGGACCUGGACUCCCCAGACCAACCAGAGACUUGGGGAGGAGGGAGGGGGAGGAGCUACAGCUGAUGUUUAUGUCUCUGCAUGCUUUUACCUUUACCUGCUUUACCUUUACCUGCCGCUGUUGCUCCUGUUUGAAUGUGUCCAGGUGUUUAAGUGUGUGUUUACAGAUGUGUCCACCAGGUGUGUCCAGGUGUUUUUGAAUGUUUUGUUUCCAGGUGUGUUUAAAUGUGUGUAUCAGGUGUGUUUAAGGUUGUCCAGGUGUGUUUCCAGAUGUUUCCAGGUGUGUUUGAGUGUCCAGGUGUCUAAGUGUUUCCACCAGGUGUGUUUCCAGGUGUGUGUUUGAAUGUUUCCAGGUGUUUCCAGGUGUCUCUGUUUGUUUCCAGGUGUGUUUGAAUGCGUGUGUCCAGGUGUUUCCACCAGGUGUGUGUCCAGGUGUCUCUAAGUGUUUCCAGGUGUGUUUGAGUGUGUUUGUUUCCAGGUGUGUGUCCAGAUGUUUCCAGGUGUUUGCGUCUCCUCCCUGUCAGUGCAUGAUAAUAAUAAACCUGAUAAUAAACCUGAUCU